UCAUGAAAGCUGAGAAAUAUCUACAAGAAAGAAGAGCUAGUCAGCCUAUAAACGCUGAUGCUAAUGACAUCAGUAAUAAAAAGCAUAAGAAUACAAAUGUUGAGGAUGACGUGAUAAGCAUCUAUGCCUUUGGUGAGGAGGAAGACGAUCUAUGUAAUGAGGCCGAACAAAAUGGCGGAAUGAUUACAUACGAGAAAGUCAAGCAUCUGCAUCACAAAGAUCUUCAACUUACGCGAUCCAAAUCCUUUAUGGAUCAAGAACAGGUUCAGAUGCAGAAUGGACGGACCGUGCGGUCGGCUGAGGGCAGACGCAAGGACGGGAGCUCAGCCUGUGUUGUGCAAUGAGGACAGUGGCAAAAUCAAGAAAAAAUAUUUGCUUUAAAGUAUUGACAAUGAUGAUUAUGUUCAUUUGAUUGUGUUGUUUUAUAGCAUUUACAAAUAUGGAGAAAUCAUUUUUGUUGUUAGUUAUCAUUAAUCGUCUACUUAAUUUAUAUUUUUAGAUCAAGAAAAUGAAUGCAUUUUUAAGAAAGUUUUUAUUCUUACGGAUAGAAAGCAAGUUCAUUAUGUAAUUAUUUUGAUGAUCAAUUUAAAACUCCUGUCUUCAGUUUUUCUUAACUGUUAUAAAUAUAACUACUAAUAUGUGCUUAUUUGAAAAUUGAAAUAAAAUGUAAUAAAUUUGAAAUCUCAAUUUAAAUAGCUUGGUGAUUUAAAGUUGUAGGAUUUCCGCCAUUUAUCUUGUCUGCUUUGUAAUGAUUUACACUAUGUAAGUAUUAAAAUGGUUUAACAUUUCAAAUUUACAAUAUACUAUUGCAAUGGAGUCAAAACCAAAAUUUUUUCCAAGAAUUAUAUUCGCUUAUAUAAUAUUUGAUAAUAGUGUACAGUUACUUUGAACACAAUACUAUAUAAAUAGAUAAGCAUGGGACUGACAAUUGUUCAAACUUCUAGGCUUAUGGUUGACUUUUGUGAUCGCCCUUUGUCAGUUGUUUUCAACAACAUUUACCUUAAGAUCAAUAUAGAGAAAACAUUUACUACCCUCUGUUCAUGGAAGUUAGUAAGAACAUUUAUCCACAUCUUUUUCUUUGUAUUUUUACCCAAUUGGGGAACCAAGACUUAAAAAAAUAUCCUUUUUUUCCUAAAUAAAAAGAAAGUUUUAAUACAAUUUUACAAACAGGUGAUUUUCAAAUGGACAGUGGAUUUGGACUUCCAUAUUUACUUUUGAAAGUACCAUGUGUUGACAAAUUAGAAAAAUUAUGAAUAAAUUUUAUAAAUUAACUCAGGCAUAUUUUCCAAAGAUGGUAAAAAAUGACUCUUUUAUUCAAAUAAAAACAUAGGGGAGUUCAAGAAUCGGCAAUGUGGGAUUUAAAACUAGAUCAUUACUGUAGGUCACUAAAGACAAAGUUUGUGAACACAAUGGAGGCCAAGUUUAUUGCCUAAUCUUCAUGAAGCUUAGUUAAAAUGCUUGUCACAAUCAAAUCAAACCCUAGUUUGAAACUGUGUCACAUUGGGUUAAAACUAGAUCACUAUGUCAAAU